AGUUGCGAGUUGCAGAAGUGGCAUAGGCCUACUCCGGAUGGCGUGGAAGUCAAGGAGGAGCUGCCCAAGAAAGUCAGAGCGGAGGAGCUGCCGCCAGGGGGCCCUCUCCCCAGCAGCGUCGGCUACGACCCCAUCGUGUGGUCGUACAUGUGGCGACAGUAUGCAGCUAUGGCCCCUUCGUGGACCGCCACGCCCCUUGUUACGAGGGACGGCAAGGCAUUACCGCCGCCCCCUCCUGCCUUCGUCAGGGACAGCGUCCCUGCCCCACUGCCAGCCUACUUGAGCCAGGGUCCCCCCGUGCUGGUCGACCCCGGCCGCGUGGUACCUCUCUCAGACUCACAGAAGUUCGAGCGCCAUUACCAGCCCAACGUUGCCCUCGCCCCGCCCAAGGUCAGGGACAAGGCAGCCCGGGUGUCGCUCAAGGAUCUCUCAACAGCACACCUAAGCCAAGAUGCACACGAAAAAAUCGCCAUAUAUAUGCAGGAGCAGCAGCAGCUAGAAAGAGGCGUCGAAGUGGAGUGCAUAAAGCGCGAGUGUUCGCCGACGCCGAUGUGUCUCCAGCGCUCCACGCCCAACGCCGCCGCCCUCGCCGCCGUCACCCCGAGCGCGCCGCCGCACCUCAGAGCCACCCCGACGCACCAGCCGCCGCAGUCCCCCAGGAAGGUGUGCAGCCCCGACACGAGCAGCCGACACCCCGAACUCGAGCUGUCCACCACCGAUUCCGACACAGACUCCGUUGGAUCCGUCAGCAACCGAAGUGAAACGGUGGAGGAGGCGGAGGCACUGCUAAGGGGCUGGAGCGACCGAGCUGCAGCCAGCAAAGUGGCCCAGCUGGUGGCCGACCUGGCUGCCCGGCUGGCGGUGCAGGAGCGCCAAAAUGCUGCCCUCAGACAACGUUUCGAUGCGCAGACUCGCGACCACAAUCAUGCCGUGGCCAGCCUACGCAAUCAACUUCUGUCUAUAAACGUUACUCGUGAUACCAAGGAGGAAGAUCAGCUCCGCCAGAAGGUUUGCGCGAUGGAGGGCGAGCUGCGGGCCUUGCGUGCUGAGCUGCGCCCACGCCCAACCCCAUCUGUGAUAGCGCCCACCUCCCCCGUCAAGACUGAGCCCUGCGACGUCACCGACACGUGUUAGGCCGCCGCCUGAGCACUGGCUCGUGCUGUCCCCAGUACCGCAGAGAUGGUCGCAGUACAAAUGUGGCGCUCAUGUGCCGUCCAGGCUGCCUGUAUGUUGCUGCUGCUGCUGCUGAUGCUAGGCACCUGGGCCCAGGCUGCUGCUGCGGACUCGUAGUCACAACGUGCUUGUGGCUGCGGGUGGCCGCCCCCCCCUGCUCGGUGUGUGCCGCAGGUGCGUGCCAGCGGCGAGGUAGGGUGGGGUCCGCGCCAUGAUCUCAGCCCGUACUCACCGCACGGGUCUCACUUGGUGCUACGCCACAGCCGUGUGUCGGGUGGUGCCACCGGCCGUACAUGGUGCUCAUGUGGGGCCGCUGCCCCUCUGGUGUUCAGAGGCUGUGUGGCGCCGCCCCGGCACCAGGACGCUCUGGGGGCCCUGUGGGGUGUCACUGCCCUCCAGGGUCCAGAAAAGCAAGUACAAACGCAUAAGUUAAAGAUUCUGCUUGUUGGGAUGGUUAAAUAUAAAAAAGAAUAAUUAUUUAAUUGGUUUACUUUGUGGUAAGCCAACUGCCUGGUGAGUAGUGGGUGGAAGUGUCGUAGACCAGGCUGGUGCAAUUCCAGUCUGGUUCACUCCAGCCCUGCUGCUGCCAACUUUAUAACCACGCACGCCCGCACCACCCCAGUGAUGACCGUACCCGCGUCAGCUAUGCAGUGCUGAAUCGAGUCAGAUGUGCUUGAAGCAUCUCACGUUGGUGGAGCGCCUGCUGAGCGCCGUGACCAGAGACCCACAGAACUUUGGCGCAGAGGCGCUUAAAAAAUUGUUGCCACUUAAGAGAUUUAUAGUUGUACCAGUGAGGGCCUUCGGUCACGGCGUUCUUUUCGGCCGCUUAUUUGUGUUCAUCUAUGUAACUAGUUAAUUAUUGAUAUGUGUAAUGAUAAAAUCAUUCACUAUUAUGUUAUUUAUAAUUCUCUACUAUGCUAGUACACGUGCAGCAGUGCGUGCGUGGGUGGAGGUGUCAGCAUCUCCCACCCACCCACCCCCUCUCCCACCACACCACCCUGGCCUGGCGGUCCGUGCCAAGUUCAUCUUGCCCCCCUAACUUACCCGUCAUUUGUUUGUAAUAAGUACAUAAGGUUAUUUAGGUGAUUCGUCAAGCAAAGCUUGGUCUAGGAUUUAUUAUUUUUGGUAGAACUGUCCCCCAUGUUAGCCAUGACGGAUGUACUGCACCUGUCAUGGGCCCUUAUGUUGUAGCUGCCAGUGUAGGCUGCCCACCGGCCACCCACCGUGACCACCACCUUCCCUGGUGUCAGAGCUGUGGGUGACUGGUGAGCAGAGUGUGAGGUGAGUCAGCCACAGUACAGUGCGUGGGAAGGUUGUGAUGCAGCGGACAUGUAAUGUCCGCGGCAUAUGAUGACCGUUUGGCUGAGCCCUGCGUCACCCCUUCCCGCCGCCAAGCAUCACCACCACCAUCGUCGCCAGGCAGAACCACCACCACACAGCCAGGCGGAUACACUGCGGCACACUCCCGCUGAGACACACUCCAGUCAGUUCCGCAGAUGUGACAUUCUUCAAAAACUGAAUUUGUUUGUUAUACUCAAUGGGUGGCACUCUAAGUAAAAUUGUGUCAAAUA